AUGGUGCGGUUCGGUUUAGUUUUCAGCAGCUGGUUAAAACGUUGCUGCACCUGGAUAAAGCAUAAGUCGCAGCUGGUGCUAGGCGUGUCCUUUAGCGUAGCUCAAAAUGUCUUUCGAAGAUUAACAGACAUCACAGCACAAGCUGGAGCCGAGACCAGCGUGUUGGCCAUACGUCUCACUGUGGAUCGUCGACUGCACUUUUCCGAGCGACUCCUCUGGCUGUGCGUGCUCAUCGCCAGCAUCUUUGCCGUCUACAUGCUGAGCGAGGUGCAAAUCGCUCGCUACUUCAACUCACCCACUGUCAUCUCGGUGGAUCGCGAUUAUCGAGGCUGGAAUGGAUCAUUACCAGCGGUUACGCUUUGCUACUACGAUCACAUUGAUUCCUUCAAAGCUAAUGAGCUGAUACAGGACUUGUGGAAUGUGUCCAUCAUCGAUGAGGAUUACUUCUAUAUCAUGGACUUUUUAUACGCCGUCGUCAAUGCCACUGCAAGCAAUUAUGCCGAACUCACCAGAUUCGCUAGCGAUGAACGUUUCGAUCAGAUUGAUCUCUAUGAUAUUAUAUUGGGCAUCAAUCGUCCCUUUGAGCAGGUGAUUAGCACGUUUGAUAGCAACUUUAUUGUGCAUGUUCAGAUGGUAAUGACGGAGCGAGGUUCCUGCUACGCCAUCAACUCACCCAUGUCUGCGGUGCUGGGCAAAGACCCUGUUCAGUACGAUGAACUGCCUCCGCCGCUAACCUGUCAGUAUGGCAAGCAGCAGUGCUACAUUCGAAUGGAUCUCUUCGAGAGCACAGGCGUGCUAGAUGUGCACUCGCCAUAUGAAGUAUCCGCCUCGGAGGCCAACAUUGUGGCACUGCACAAAUCAGACGAAAUUACUGCUUCAUUUAAGGUGCUCGAGACUGUAGCAUCUAAAAAUCUGCGAGAACUCAGCGUAGAACAACGCAAGUGCGUUUUUAAUGAUGAAGAAACCUCAAAUCUAAAGAUCUAUAGUAAAUCUCUCUGCCUGGCCAGAUGUCGAGCGAUCAUGGCCUUGGAAAUGUGCAACUGCGUGCCCUUUUUCUAUCCUUUUGUGGAAGGACCCAGCUGCAAUCCGGCUGGCUUUGAGUGCCUUCUGGAUUUCAAAUGGCCCAUUUGGGCGCUACACAUUUGUAAAUGUCCAUCAACAUGCACUGAGAUCGAGUACACCAUGCAGACGGUUAAAAAGAGUUCUUGGGGCAUCAAGAACAACGAAGAAGCGGCAAGUGCUGAAUCGGCUACAUCAAGCUUUCGCUGGGAUCUAAUACCACCCAAAGUGCGCUUUAGACGUGAUGUUGUCUUUAGCUUUGAGGAUCUCAUUGUCUCAUUUGGCGGCGUCAUGGCUUUGUUUGUGGGCAUCAGUGUCAUGGGGGCAGUGCAAAUAUCUUACGUCAUCAUUUACAACUGCUUACUGGACACUUUCAAACUAAUUCGCUUUAUUCAUCUAAAUUUUCACGAACGCUGUCGACGAGCUAUUCCAGCGUUUAGACGAAGGACUAGUCCAAGUCAUGUUUCUCGAGCUGAGACCGCGGAGCUGCCGCUCUUUGAAUAUGUGAAUUAA